AUUUUUUAUAUUUAUAUUUAAUAUAUUAUCUUAACGAACAUAUCGGAACUUUUAUAGUUUUUAUAAGUACACGAUACAAAAAAGGAGUAUCUAAAGAACUUCUUCUACGCAGCAACUUCAAAAAACGGAAUAUUUAUUCAUAUUUAUGGCUGGGCAAGCAUUCCCCACUGAUGGUUACACAGGCUAUUUCUAUGGUAAUACUGCAAAUUCAUAUGGUGGUGUCUAUAAUCAUGGAGCAUAUCAAAGCCAAGGAACUUAUGAAGAACGUAGCUGUUGGCGCAAACUUUAUGACUAUCAAUCUGGUUAUUGGUAUUACCAAAACUUAUUGACCAAUAACACACAAUGGGAACAACCGGAAGGGUGGGACUCUUGGCCAAUUAACGGGGAGGUGGUCCAGAAGCAAACAAAUGAUUAUGUUGAUGGUGAAAAAUCAGGGUUUUCUUUCUUUCGGCAAACUUCAGAGGAGAUUGAAGCAAUGAAUGUGGAAUAUGUGAAGAGAAAAGCAAGACAACAAAUUGAUCCUGAGAAAGCAAAGAAAAUACACUGGAGACCUGAAGGAGCGAACGAGUACAACAUAUGGUACGAUAAGUGGAUUGGGGAUCAUUGGAAGGGAAUGAGGGAUGAAGGUCCAGCAGAGACAAGAUGCUGUGUUAAGAAAGAUGCCGGCCACACCAAGGCAGUACUUCUUGAUCCGAAACGAAAAAAGACAUAUUUUUGUAUCUAUUUUGCAAGAGGGUGUUGCCAACAUGGUAGUGAAUGUGGCUACUACCAUCUGGUCCCAUCAGAUAAAGAUGCAAAAAGGAUAGAUAUGGUGCAUGAUAUAUUUGGCAGAGAGAAGCACAAGUUACAUAGUGACAAUAUGGGUGGUGUCGGAUCAUUUGAGAAGGAUUGCCGAACAUUGUAUGUUGGUCGCUUAGGCAGUCACAGGGAAUUGGAAAGUCUUUUAUGGAAAGAGUUUGGGGAAUGGGGUGAAAUAGAGGAUAUCAGAGUAAUAACAAAGCGUCAAAUUGCAUUUGUGAGAUACAAGAACAGAGUAAAUUGUGAAUUUGCUAAGAUAGCAAUGUCUGAUCAAAAACUAGAUGGUCAGGAAGUUCUAAACAUAAGAUGGGCCUAUGAUGAUCCAAACCCCAGAGCUCGGAAACAGAAAACCGAAGACGAUAGAGACGCAGUACGCGCGGCGAUCUAUGAAAAACUGGAUGAUGAAGAGCCUCAACCAAAACGUCUUCGUAGUGAAGGGAUUAUAGGCAGUUACCCAAACACGGACGAUCAGUAUCCUGAUUCUGCUGGACCUCAAACCAAGGAACAAUAUGAACAAGAGCAAAUAUUACAGCAAGUUAAAGUGGAUUGCAGCAGACUAGACGAGGCGUUCAAAAGAGUUGAAUCAAGCAGUUACAAUUAACUGUUAUAAUUCUGUGUGAUGCAAAUUCUCAUUUUGGAUUGCACGGCUCUAGAGCGUCCUGGUCACUUCUCUAGAGGCUUCUCUAGUGAACGCAAAUUAUGCGAAUUAGUAACCUACUCGCCCAUAUGGAAGUGCUUUACCUCAGGCAGUCAAGUUUUACCAUACGAAAGACAAAGUAGAAAUGCUGUUGU